AUGAACACGAGAAGUAGGAACUACGCUACGAAUCCACGUUCUCCACCGAAAAGACGCAAACGAACAGCAAAAAAGAAAACGAAAACUGAGCCUGAGCUUGUUUUUCCUUCCCUGACCGAUUUACCACCAUUACCAGUAUCCCCACUUUUCACACCUUUCUCAGAUCUUCCUCCAUUACCUCCUUCUCUGACAUACACUUUACCGUCUCCAACCUUAUCUAAAUCUAAAAAUCCUGAAAAUAUUGUUUUAUCAAUCCCAUUCAAACCUACAUCACCUGUACUGAACCCAUCUAGUUCACCACCUUUGCCUCCCAAAUCGCCCAUUAGCCCUUUAUUUCUUGAACCGUCUGUCGCAUACGAACUCAGUACGAACCUUGUCGAACCUACGUCUGAACUCAAUACCUCCUUUAUUGAAUCUACGUCUAAGUCUAUUAUUGAACCUACGUCAACACCUAUUGAAAACGUAUCUCCGAUAUCAACUAUAUCAGAAUUAGCAUCUGGAUUUGCUGGCCUUAACUUUGAAUCAAAUACGCCUAUACCGACGAACACUAGACCGAUUUCGCUUCUUUAUUACCCUUCUUCUCUAUCUGAAACUCCAUUCAGAACAUCCGAAACGAUAUUUCAGCCUGAUCCAGUACGCCCAGUAAGACCAGUAACAAUGUCGAUCCCCUCUACGUUAACCCCAGAACAAUGUGCUCUAGACGAAAUCAAUCAAUCCAUCAGAAACAUCGGAAAUAACAUUCAAUUCCCUCAUCUCGAGAAGAAUGGAUCAAACUUCAUCGAUUGGAAGAAGAGCACUGUUCGAGCGAUGAAGGCCAUGAUUCGGAUCAAUAAUUAUUGGGAUUCUCCUCAACCUUUGAUUACUCGCCUUAUCAAUCACCACCUUGACUUAAACGAAACGGAUAUCAUUGCUCACAUGUCUGCCAUUGACGCUACAAUGUCAGAAUUAGAGUCUACAGGUUUUACUUGGACAACUGACUCACUUAAAGGACUACUCUAUCAAUUACGUAUGCCCGCUGAGAUGACGAAAGAAAUCAAUAAAGAAUUAGAUAACAAAUAUGAUGACAACAAACCGAAUUUUAAAAUCGAAGAUAUCAAGAGUGCAAUUCAAAUUCACCUAACCAGAGAAAAGACUGCGUCUGAAACCAUCUCAAUAAAUAACCUAUCGACGUCAAUUGAAGCCUUUUCUCUACGAACGCCUCAACGUCUGCAAUCCCACAAUCGUCCAAACACUCCGGUUCGUUUUAUGACUCCACCUAACAGAUCGACUCAAUUCCAAUCACCUUAUAGAAGCACUCCAAUGAGCGCUGAUCUCAAAGCUCGCUGGAGACGAGGCCCUGAACCUAUCACUCACAAGAACGAAGCACGAUUAGCGAGUGAAAAAAAACCUUUGUCAAUUCCUGUAUCGGCACAUCCGAAUGUCAAAGCUGGCAUUAUCCAAUGUUUCUUCUGUGGACAAUGGGGUCAUAGUUACAGAGACAAUAACUUCAAAGCGUGCAAGGUCUUUAUGAACAGGGGUGACAGAACGGGUGCUGCGUAUAACGACUGGCGAAAGCUUGGAUGCUCUCUACCCUAA